CAGACAUGAAACACGCCGCCAAGGUCGCCGCGAAGAAGGCGCUCACGAAGAUGGAUUCCCCGCUCGCGCUCGUCGCGGGCGUGACCGUCGGGAUUCUUGCGCUCGGUAUCGUCGUGCAAGUGUUGCUGAUCGUCGCGUCCUUGUUCACGGGCAAGAGCGCUGCGGGCGAGCGACCGAAGCGCGACCGCAAGCCGACGCCGAAGGCGCUCGAAGCCGCCCCGGCGGCGCGCGCCGCCAAGAAGGCGGCCCCGGCGAAGAAGGCGUCCUCUAAGAAGGCGACUCCCACCAAGCCGUCUCCCGCCAAGAAGGCGGCCCCGGCGAAGAAGUCCUCGUCCAAGAAGUCUGCGGCCAAGCGGACGCCGGCGAAGAAGUCCUCGUCCAAGGGCCUCGCGAGCCCGCGGCGAUCGUCUCGCACGCCCACCAGAAAGACCCGAUAA